AACUUCCUAUUUCUGUAAGAAGUGGAAUGUAUGUACAGCGAAGCUAUUACAUUAGGGACAGAGCAGUUGCAAACAACAGCUUCAUUUUGAAGGGGACCAUGUCUUCAACUUACAUCAAUGUUUACUGCUACUCAAACUCCACUUCGGGGGGAACUGGAUACUUCAAACUUUCGGAUGGAGUGAGGCAAUACUCUACCUCAAAUUACAACAACUACAGAAUUGGACAACUCAGUAACACUGGUGUUAGUAUUGCACGCUAUUCAAGCAGCUACUACCCACAAAUAUUCGGUAUAUUUACCUGUGAAGUGCCAGACAGUAGAGGCGUUACUGUUGAAACCAGCAUCGGGAUAUAUUCUUCAAUGCCCAGUCCACCAUCUGUGUACAGCAUUAGUUACAGUGAGCGUCACCAGGCUAGUAACGAUGGUGUACUAGGAACAGUCGAUUAUCUGAGCCAGAACUCCCCACCUACUAAUGUGACGUGGACAAGAGACGGGUCAACUAUUGAGGUGGAUGGGGAGGGAUACGAAAUGAUGCAAAUGGUGACAGAGCGUCAGUCGUAUUCCAGAUACAGAAACACUCUACUCAUCAAGGAUGCUGCCGAGCUUGCCGGGAACCAUAGUUUUUGCUGCAGGGUCUCUAAUGCUGCCGGUACCACUUAUCAGUGUGUUGCCACAUCAUGGACAGCUCAGCCCGAUGUACAUAUAGUUACAUAUGGGAAGAAUGUCCACUCUGAGACAUUUGAAUGUUCCUCCACCUACUCCACGAGGGCUAGAGGGAGAGCUAGGUGGUGGGUAGUGGACGGCACGGCUCCUGGAGGUCACGUAGCCCUGGCUCCUGGUGCGGUGCAUGCCGGGGAGAUACCCGCCGACCGGCUGCGAAUGGUGGUGGACUUCAGCCGGCUGCUGCGACAGGGACACGAACCUCCUGUUGGUGUCAAACUCUGUGUACGGUGGAGGAGGGGAAGAGGGAGGGCCAGGGGGGAGCGGUUCGUCGGUGAGACUCAGAGGAGGUUCCCGAGUGUGGACUCUGUGCACCUGGGGUCCGCUUUCGGAUAG